UUACAUGUGUGUAAUAACUGUUUUGAAAGAAUGAAGGGUAAAAUUUACGAAAACAUGUUGCUAAGACGUAGAUUUUGUAAGCGAGUCGCACUCAUGCUAACUGUGUUUGCUUUAUCGUUUUACGCCUCUGUUUUGCUAUUUGGAGGGCUGAAAGGUCCUCAAGUCAUGCAGCUCACCGAUCUGAACCGAUGUCCAGCCUGCUACGGGGUAUCUGUGUGUCCUGAAUUGUAUUCCGAUCAAAUAACUUUAGAAACUUCUCAGUGGUCUAUGUUUAAUGCAAAAAACAUAUUCUACGGUUAUACGAAAUCAAACAGACGUCUUGUAUUAAAAAAAUUAGCACACGAUACCGAAUUCAAAGUGUUUGAUGAGAAAAUUUGCAAAGAGUUCAAUUUAAAAGAAAACUGUAAACCUGUUGAACUUCUAAACACUUCUAAUAUUGAUGAUAAAGUCCUGAAAACUGUCGAGUAUAACAUAACUUGGGUAGACACAGAGCCGAGAAAGGGAUUAGUUCUUUGUCCUUAUGCAUACAGUCUGUAUGAGUUAUUGCAACCUAUUUUGAAUAGCAGAAAGGGUAACUAUAAGUCUGAAAUGUUAAAUAUAUGGACAAUAUUGAAUAUCAACCCAGAACCAAUUAUUUUGCAGGUUAUACGAAAGGUCGACGGAUGGCUAGUACCACCGUAUGGUGGUGUGUGUGGUAGGUUGGAAGUGGUAGGGUAUGAAGGGAAACCACUCUCAGAGCUGCAGCACGUACCGUGGUACAGAAAGCUAAAGUACGCUCAGAAGAUAUUAGACGCUGCAAUGGAUUUUACAUUUAAACAUGAUAGAUUCCGUUUCUACUUAAUGGAUUGGUCUCUAGAUAACAUAGUAGCAAAUGAAAAAGACGAAAUCACGUUUAUCGAUUUAGAAGAUAUUAUUGUACUCGACAAACACAUAUUACCUAAAGGAGACUUGCCAAAUUGGUAUCAACGUUACAGCCGAGAAUCAAUGGGCCCUGGUUUCUCAUUUUCCAUUGAAAACAUGUGUAAACACCAUUUAAGCGAUCAUAAUUUAUGGUCUGCCUGUUAUAUUUUAGCCGGCGAUGAAAACCCUUUACUGUACCCUAUGCCUAAAGAAGUAAAUGCUUCAAAACCACACUUCGAUAGACUGCUAAAUGCCUGCCUUAAUGGGGAUGAUAGAUUUAGAACAAUAACCAAGCUACAACAUGUUAUUAAGGAAAUGCUGAUAGACAAAACAGUUUUAGGUCAAGGUAUAAGAUGAUGAGAAAAACCUUUUUUGGAAAAAUCUCUUUUGUUUAUGAUUUGUCUGUGAUAUUAAUAUUGUAUAUUUAUUUGAAUAGGUUGUGACUUUAUCAAUAUGAUAUUGUUUUGUAUUUUAUUUAUUUUAAUAAACCAUUUAUUAUUAUAGUAUACUGUUAGACUUAUAGUGUACCUAGAUUUAUAAAAAAUUUAUAUAGUAGUAAUUUUGGCCGUAUAUUAAUUUGCAAAUAUAGUGUAGAAACAA